AUGGCCCGGCAUCCUUACUACCCGCAAGACCUUCAGCUGCAUCAUUACACCGAGAACACUGUCGACCUGGCCACCCUCUUUGCCGGCUUCGCGACUGGUGUUUCCAUCAUCUUGGGCGCCGCCUUGCUUCUUGCGCAAAGGCGCCGGCCAUCAAUCAGUGCUCUCGAUCGAUUCCUCGUACUAUGGUUCGUGUUGUCUGGUUCCCUUCACUGCUUCUUUGAAGGCUACUUCAUCUUGAACCAUGCUCGUAUGCCCGCCGCUCAAGAUUUCUUUGGCCAGCUAUGGAAGGAGUACGCAAAGUCCGAUUCCCGCUACCUGGCUGCCGACCCGAUGGUCUUGACCCUCGAGACAAUCACCGUGCUCGUCUGGGGCCCGCUUUCCUUUCUGACCUCGUGGUGCAUCGUCUCUGAGUCGCCGCACAGGCUCUCGCUCCAAGCUCUUGUCUCCACCGGACAUCUCUACAGUGAUACUUUGUAUUAUGUGACGAGUAUCCUGGACAUGAGACGAGGUGUCUUGCAUUCUCGCCCGGAAGCGCUGUAUUUCUGGGUGUACUUUGUGGCCAUGAAUGCAUUAUGGAUAAUUGUCCCUGCAUUCAUUCUCUACCAAAGUAUCACCGGAUCUGCCCAAGCUGUUGCCACAACGAAGAGGCUCACCCGACCUGGCCUCACGUCGGGAUAUCGCAAGGAAAACCCAAGGAUAACGGCCAUGAAAAAGUACAAGGCACUUGCCCGCUCCCAAUCGCAAUAA